AUGUCGAGCCAGAAUAUAUCGGAGGACGAUAAAGACGUCAUAGAGAACAAUCCCGACGUUGAAAAGAAUUUGGCACAGACAUCGUACCCGGAACUCAAACAAGUCAGCAGCAAUGCCCUGAGCAGGAUCACCUCACGUCUCAGCACUCGAGAUAUCGUCGAUCCCGGACCACCUCCAGAUGGAGGGCUCAAAGCAUGGAUCCAAGUCGCCAUGGCGUGGAUCGUCUGCUUUUGUACCUGGGGUUACAUCAAUUCCUUUGGUGUCUUUCAAACCUAUUACACCGAGACCUUGGGCGAGUCGCAGUCGACCAUCUCCUGGGUGGGUUCCAUUCAAUUGUGGGUGGUCUUCUUCGUGAGCGCCUUCUCCGGUCGGGCGCUGGAUGCCGGGUUCUUCGUUCCGAGCUUGCUCAUCGGUUCAAUCGUCCAAAUCAUCGGAAUCUUCAUGACGAGUCUAUGCAAGAACUUCUGGCAGCUUUUGCUUGCUCAGGGCCUCUGUACCGGUCUGGGCAGUGGAAUAUUCUUCUGCCCCACCAUGGGACUUGUGACGACGUAUUUUAGGAAGAACCGCGGACUCGCUGUCGCCAUUGUGUCGGCUGGGAACUCGGCGGGCGGUGCCAUAUAUCCGGUGCUUGUGCGCCAGCUCCUCCCAAAGAUUGGAUAUGCAUGGACUGUCCGCGUGCUUGGUUUCGUGAACCUGGGAUUGCUUUCGUUGGCACUGGCAUGCAUGCGGCCAAGACUGCCUCCGCGGAAAUCUGGGCCGAUCGUCGAAUGGAGGGCAUUCUGUGAAGUGCCGUAUGUCUGUGUCCUCCUGGGCAUGUCGCUCGUCUUUGGAGGAUUAUUCUUCUCCUACUAUUACAUCGCUUCCUUUGGCCGGACAGUCCUGAACAUGAGCUAUGAAGAUUCACUCACCUUGCUCAUCAUCUUCAAUGGGGCCGCGAUACCCGUCCGACUUGUCACGGGGUUCAUUGCGGAUCGUUUCAUGGGUCCGUUGAACGCGAUGGUUCCACUCCUUUUCAUCAACGGGGUUUUUGCAUUUAGCUGGAUCGCAGUGAAGUCGGAAGCAGGCAUGUACGUAUUUGCAACGUUUUAUGGGUUCUCAGCGGGAGCCUUUCAGUGUCUUUUUCCAACGACAGUGACGAGUUUGAACAACGACUUGAGCAAGAAUGGUGUGAGGAUGGGCAUGGCGUUCUCGCUGUUCAGUUUUGCAGGUCUUUCCGGACCUCCCAUUGGAGGGGCGUUAUUGUCGACAAACGGGGGAGGGCGAGGCGGGUAUCUGGUUGCACAGAUAUGCCUGGGAGUACUUACUGUGGUGGGCGCUUGUCUGAUGUAUGCCGCCCGGGUGUAUAAGGUUGGGUGGAGCUGGAGGAUCAAGUGUUGA